GACGUCAAGACUGCUGCCUCUGUUGCCAGAACCUUGAUCCACAGGGAAUCCAUCUUGAGUUUGAACUCUGUCGACACCAACGGCUUCCCUGUCUCCUUUAGUGAAUAUUAUGCUGACUGUUUAGAUUCUGGAGAUCCAACUUUAAUUAUGUUGGAGAUCUCCUCUACCUGGAAAAACAUCAAAAACUCUCCCUCUACCAAACUCUCCUUUUCUGUCAGAACCGGCGACCAUCCUAUCUCUGAUAAUUCGGUCAACCCAAACUACCCGGGUGGAAUCGUCAAAUCCACUGCUGGCUCUCCCAGGCUCAAUGUUAAGGGUUCUCUUGUUAGAAUUGAAGAUCCCUUGGAAAUUGCCAAAAUUGAAAAAUGCUUUGUUCAAAGACACAAGGAUAGUGUCUUUUGGUUGCCAACAAACCCCACCUCUGCCCACAAAGGUUUCUGGGUCAAGUUUGACGUUGAAAGCAUAUACAUGGUUGGUGGUUUUGGUGACAGAGCUUACAUUGGUGAUGUUCCAAUUGACUUGUACAGAAACGCUGAAAUCAUAUACGAUGAGUUA